AUUUUUAUGAAGUGCGCAUGUCAAUAUUUGGUGCGGAUUAAAAUGGAGAGAGAACACCGAAAACGAAAGUUAGACAGCAGGAAAUGCAUACUAAAACACUGCUAAAGGGACAUUCCAAACGAUGAGUCACCAAGUUGAAAUAGAGAAAAGAAAAUACAGAAACUGGGUGAGAGGUGGACUGGCAUAUAAAUAUCUAAAACAAGGACUGGAAGGCUUUGCUGAUGAUGUUGUUAAACAAGAUCAUAAGAGAAUUCUUAGUGCUAUAAAUUACACACCUGGUAUUAUCUGUACUCGGUGCAUCAUUGGAAACCUGAAACCGACACAUGCAUGCAUAAUAAAUUCUGCAGGUAAAAAUGAGUGCUACUGGGGUCAACAUAAGUGUAAUUGUUUGCGUACAAAGAAGGAAAAAUGUCGCCUUCAUAUAUGUGAUCGCAUUAUGGAAGAACUAUUUAGAAGCCAUGGAUCCACCCCACCAACACUAUACUGGGCUAAUACAGAUAUUCAAAGAUGGUGUACAGAACCGUGGGAGGUCGCCAAAUGUUUCAUCAAUGCACCUGGAUAUUCGGACAAGACAAAGGCAGCUGAUAUAGACAUAUCUGGAUUACUCCAUGUCUUCAUUAAUAACACCAAUCUUCAUUCGCAUUUAGCAUGCUCAAUGGCUGGAAAAAAUGUUUUUGUCAAUGUGCGAGAAAGAAGAAACAAAUUGUAUCAUUCAGCCACCAUGGAAAUUGAAGAAGGGGAAAUGUUUGAAUGUAUAGAUGAUAUCGUUGAAAUUCUUGAAGACCCAAAGCAACUCAAAGGAAGACCCGAGGUUCAGCAAGCUGUCAACAGACUCAAACAGUUAAAGAAUAGUGAUUUCUUAAUCACCACCCACAAUGAGGUCGAGGUAUGUAGAGAGGUAUCAGCAUCCUUAAACCUGAAAUCAGAAGAAAUAAAACAGGCGAUUCAAGAUGCAAAGAAUUCCAUUAGUGAUGAAAAGAAAGAUAUUGUAGAAAAAUUGCAACAAGCAGCAGACAAACAUAAAGAAGAUGUUAAAGAUGUCAGUGAUCAGGUAACAAGUACAGCUAAGAAGACAAUACAAAACAGUAUACACGGAGCUGUCAAAGAAUUUGACAAACACAGCGAAAUAUUAUAUAAAAGAAUAAAGAAACUGGAAACAGGCGUUUCUGAAAGAGUGGAGAAAGUGGAAACACGCGUUUCAGAAAGAGUGGAGAAAUUGGAAACAUACGUUUCUAUAAGAGUAAAGAAACUGGAAACAGAUGUUUCUGAAAGAUUGGGAAAACUGGAAAAAGACUUUUCAUCUGUGGAAAAACGUGUAACGUCAUUAGAACGCACAGAUGGAGAAUUAGACUGUAUACGACAGAUGUUGAAGAAACGUUUAGAUUACGUCAAAGGGAAAAAAGAGCUACAAGAUAAGCUUGUUGAAUCUUACCAGAAGUAUUAUGUGAAGACAUCACUUUCUCCUUUGAAACAACAAGAAGAUAGCAUCAACGUUAAAGAUGUAUAUGUACCUCCUGAGAUAGAGGUUGUUGAUGCAAAUCAAUCAGCAAAUCUGGAUAAAGGUAAGAGGAAGACGAAAGCGAAGGUAAAAGGAUAUCAAGACAUCUUUCAAACAAAAGGGCGGCAGAAUAGGAAGAUUUACAUAUUAGGUGAUGUUGGAACAGGAAAGAGUACGUUCUGUAAAAUGAUGAUUGAAAACUGGUGUACUGCUGUAACGGGUUCGACCAAAAGUUCAAUUCGCUACGAAAAUGCUUGUGACAGAAUGGUAUGCAGUGACAACAUUAUGGAAAAAAGGUGUGACGACGAUGUCAGUCAGAUAGGGCAGUAUGAAUUUCUUUUCUUUUUACCACUGCAAAAUAUGUCAACAUUUCAGUCAGAUGUCAUUGUUGAUAUGAUUAAGGAACUCACAAAAGAUCUUAUUUCAGAUACAGAUUUGAUUGACAGAAUAUUUCAGGAAGACUCAAUGCGUUGUCUUAUCAUUGUUGAUAGUUUGGAUGAAUGGAGGCCACCUAAGGAUGUUGUUCGUAGACCACACGUAAGUUACGGAAUUCCAAACGGAGACAGGGCUAAAGACGCAACAGUCCUUACAUUAUCGAGACCAUCAGCAAAAGGAAUACUUAAUUUGAAAAAAUCCGAAAUUGAUCUCCAGUUAAAAUUAUUAGGUAUAUCUAGUAGAUCAUUGAAACCAUUCAUUAAACGAUACAUUAUUGAUUAUGACACCUUUUCAAUCAAAAAAUCUUAUGAUAAAUUCAUAGCUAUUUUGCUGUCAAAACAGAUUGAGCAUGUGGAGAAAACGCCAUUGCUUUUGCAACAAUUUCUUUGGUUAUACUGUAAUGAUGAAGACAUUGGUGAAUCAAUUGGCGAAACUUACUGUCAGAUUUUAAAUACCAUGUUUGGUUGGUCAGACCGAGGUAAGGAUGAAGAUGACACUGAUGAAUGUCAGACUUUGGAAGAUUUCACAAACCCAACAAAGCCCGAUUUGUUAAAAAAAUUUCCAAGAUUAGAGAACAACAAACGUGUCCUAUUUCUCCUAGGUCGUACUGCAUUUGAAAAAUGUCUCUCUGGAAAAUUACAAGGAACAAAUGCUUGUGCUUACAUAAGCAAAAGAGACUUACCAAAAUGUGAUGUGGUUAAGCUUACACGAUUGGGCAUCUUGAAUGAGAGUAAGUGCUAUAACCCAACAUUCGAAGACACACAGCUGGAUUUCAUCCAUUUCUCUUAUCUUGAGUUUUUUGUUGCAUUAUAUGUAACGAUAUGUUGUUGCAUGGAACAAGCAGACUCACGUCCAGUGAAACAGAACAAUGGAAAACAUAAGGUUGUAGAUGAGUUGCUUGGUACAUGUACAUCAUCUUUUGACGUAUUACAGUUGUCCAAUGUGAUUAAAAUGAUUUGCGGUUUAUCGCCCUUACUUAUUGGUGAUUUGUCAAAAAGGAUUUCCUGUAUUGUGAAUAGAGACAAACACAUUUCACAUCUUAGAACAAAUGAGUGUGAAACGUUAUACAGAAAUGAUGAGAUUGUUCAGAUACAACGGCUGAUGGUAGACUGUCUCAAAGAGUGUGGUUCAUUUUGUAGGACAUUGGUCAAUAUCAGCGAUCUAUGUAUAAGUGAUCUUGAGCCUAGUCCGUCUCUACAAAGGAUAAACACUGAUAAUGUGAUUUCUCUGGCAUUUGAAGAUUCACCAAAAAAUGAUGUAGUGGAGUACCUCACACAAUGCAAACUUUUGCAAUACUUGAAUAUCGAAUGUGUUUCCUUUAAGAGGACAGAUAUUUCAUUAUUAUCAGAACAAUUGUCUGUAAAACAGUUGACGCUUCAUCGUGUAGAUAUUGAAGAAGAUGAUGUCGAAGAACAUGCUACAGUUGACCUGACUAGACAGAACCAGAUGCAGAAACUUGAGCUUUCUUCAUGUGAUGAUAUGAGAAUUUCUGGCAUAAACACUGAACAACUUAAACAAGUUCACAUUGAAAACUGCCCUGGUAUAAUUAAUUUUGAAUUUUUAUCAAAUGCCCAACAACUGACAGAGCUUUGCAUUGAGAAUAAUGAUGCUGAUUGUGUAUCACAGGGUCAACGUUAUCAUAUUGACUUGUCUAAUCAGACACAUCUCCAAACACUUAAGAUGAUAAAGUGUCCUGAUAUUUUAAUUACAGGAUUAAAUGUUGAACAGCUUGAACAUGUACAUAUUUUUAAAUGUCCCACAAUACACACUUUAAAACUGUCAUCUAGUACAAGCAAAUUUAAGGAACUUUAUGCUGAAACAGUUCAAUUGAAACCUAUUCUGGAACAGUUAUUACUAAAGACAACUUUAAGACAACUGACAUUAACCAAUAUCCGUGAUAAUGUUGAUGUUGAUCUGUCUAGACAAAACCAACUACAAACACUGAAGCUGGAAUAUUGUCCUGGUUUAGUAAUAACAGGAUUAAACACAGAUCACCUUGAACAAGGACAUAUUUUUCAAUGUUCCAAUAUAGGCACUUUAAAACUGUCAUCUUAUACAAGCAAAUUUAAGGAACUUUAUGCUGAAACAGUAAAAUUGAAUCCUAUUCUGGAACUGUUAUUACUACAGACAACUUUAAGACAACUGACAUUUACCAAUAUCCGUGAUAAUGUUGAUGUUGAUCUGUCUAGACAAAACCAACUACAAACACUGAAGGUGGACGGUUGUCCUGGUUUAGUAAUAACAGGAUUAAACACUGAUCACCUUGAACAGGUAUAUAUUUUUGGCCAGGAGGGAUUUUCAUUAAGACAUGGUCAAAACACUAUGAUUGACUUAAAUUUUUUAUCAAACGCAAACAAACUCAUUGGAUUACACAUAGAAUGUUUUUUUGGUAAUGUACCACUUGUAUCGUUAUUACAACAAAAAACUACUUUAAAACAACUGACUUUGACACAAAUGUAUCAAGAUCAGGGUGUUUUGCCUGCAAUAGAUCUUUCUGGUCACAAUUUACAGAAACUUGUGCUUUCAGAUUGUAAUUGUAUGAAAUUUUACAACUUAAACACUGAUCACCUUGAACAUCUGAAAAUUGACCAUGGUUUAUUAGAUUUUACUUUAGUAUCAAAUGCCAGCAGUCUGACUGAACUCUGCUUAAGGUCAUUUCAAUACAGUAAACAAGUAGGUAAUGUUGUACAUACAUUACAUCAACUUAGAAAACUCACAUUACAUAAUGUAGAUAUAGAUGAAAACGCUCUUACUGUAACACCAGAAAUGAAAAAUCUUACACACAUUCAACACACAUUAAUAAGAAUGACUCUGGACACAUGGCGUACAUUUGUUGAAAGUCUUCUUGAUCUUGACCAAUCUGUUGAGGUGGAAGCAAACGUUCACAAAGGAGUAUUACGUGAGGUAUUGAGUAUAGAAAAACGUGACUUCGUGCGAACUAAUCUUAGAUUUGAAGUUAUUAGGGAUGAUAACUAUAUAUUUCUAUUUAAAUCAAGGGAAUUAUUUCACCACUCACAAGCGAGUAUAAGAUUUGACAAAUGAUAAACAGAAUCGACCGUAUUUUAUAGAAUUCAUUAGCAUUACGUUCAUUUAAAUAUAUGUAUUGCAGUCAAAAGUAGAAAUUAUUAUUUUGUAUAGUGUGAACUUUCUUGGUGCAAAGAAAUGGACUACCAUUCCAUUUAUUAAAGUAAUUAUUUGUCAAAGUCAUUUGUUAACUCACUACAGUAGUCUAUUUUCAUCAGCUAAAAUUUAUGACAUUAGCUUUUUUUGUCGGAAGAUUCUUGGAGAUGUAUUACUAUGGGAAUCAAUGUCUUAAAGAGAAGAAACAACUGAUAU